GGGAGGGGGAAGGGUAGGGAGGGACGAGUGGCUGAUUUCUAGUUUCUGAUUACGAACUGUAUGUACGUAGUGAGUGGGUGAGUGAGUGCGUAUACCUAUCAGGUAUCUCCGAAUCAAAUAUUUCCCCUUGCUGGAUUACCUAUGUACCCUUCCUUGGUGGUUCGUUCUUUAGAUCUCCGAUUCCCGCAAUAGACUCAACAUACAUAUAGAUAGUAUAGUAGUAGUGGAUUUAGCUUUGGCUUUUUUACCUUUGCCUUUGCCUUUACCCUCGCCUUUACCUUUACCGCUACCUUUAUUUACCUUUACCUCCCCUUCUUCCUCCUCUUCGCCCUCCUCCUCUUCCUCCUCCUCCUCCCUCUUCCCUCUACCCCGUCCCUAUGAUAUGAUCUUAGAAAUAUGACCUCUUCAAAAUACUUCGGCCUUCAAGGCCACCUCCUAAGCAGAUUGCAGACGGCUCUUAUCGUCGCUCCGUCCUUCAUCUUGUUUGGGUACAACCAGGCCGGUAUUGGCGGUCUGAUCACCCAAAACGAUUGGGUGAAAACGUUCCCCGAGAUCGACACUGUCCACGCCGUCGGCUCCGAGGAGAAAAGCGAGAAGUCGACGCUGCAGGGUUUCGUCGUGGCUGUUUUCGUUAUCGGCGCCCUCUUUGGCGCCCUCUCGUGUUCGUACACGGGUGAUCGCUUUGGCCGCCGCAAUGUCAUCUUCUUCGCUGGUCUCUGCACCUUAGUCGGCGAGAUCCUCGAGGCGUCUUCCUUUGGUCUACCGCAAUUUAUCGUCGGUAGAGUUGUCGUAGGUCUCGGCGUCGGACAGCUCAGCUCCCUCGUCCCCGUAUGGCAGAGCGAAACUGCCGGUGCGAAGAACCGUGGUCGCCACGUCGUGCUGGAUGGUCUCUUUAUUUGCCUCGGUUAUGUUCUCGAGUCCUGGAUUAACCUGGGCUUCUUUGAAUUGAAAACUGGGCCCGUCACAUGGCGCCCGCCUAUCGCCAUCGCGUGCGUCUUUUCGCUAGUGCUUGUAUGCUCUAUCUACAUGUUCCCAGAGUCGCCCCGUUGGCUUCUCAUGACGAACAAGAGCGAGCUGGCCCGCGAGAAUCUCUCCAUCCUCCGAGGUCUUCCGCAGGAUGCGCCCGAGGUCAGUGCCGAGAUUGAGGGUAUUGAACUUUCUCUCGAGCUCUCGGCCGACGGCGGCGCUAAGCUAAGCCAAAUCUUCAAGAUGGGCGAAGACAAACUAGCGUACCGAUUUGGGCUUUGCAUCCUCUUGCAGUUUUACCAGCAGAUGUCUGGAAGCAAUCUUAUCAGCGUAUACGCGCCGAUCCUCUUUCAAGAGAACCUUGGCUUAAGCAGCGAGUUGUCUCGUAUCCUUUCUGCUGGUGCCUUGACUUGGAAGUUCCUGUCGUCGUUUCUAGCCUUCAUAGCUAUCGAUCGCUUUGGGCGACGCGCUGUUUUCAUCGUGAGCGGUGCUGGCAUGUCGUGCUGCAUGAUAGCACUCGCGGUUGCAACAUCGUUCCCCACGUCCAACAGAGCCUCGCAGAUCGCCGCAGGCUGCUUUAUUUAUCUGUACAACAUGUUCGUCCCCAUCGGGUUCCUUGGCGCCAAUUUCUUGUACUGCACCGAAGUCGCCCCACUCCGGCUGCGCAUGGCCAUGAGCUCGAUCUCGACAGCCAACCAUUGGGCCUGGAACUUCCUAGUCGCCAUGGUCACCCCCGUCGCCAUCUAUAGCAUCGGUUGGCAGUACUACAUCGUAUUUGCCGUCAUCGCCGCCUGCGUGCCCGUCUCCGUCUACUUCCUAUUCCCCGAGACCAUGGGACGUAGCCUCGAAGAGAUUGACCUCAUGUUCAAGGACUCGCCGUCCGCGUUGCGGACCGUCCGGUUCGAGAAGCAGCUACGCCGUGCUGGUGCGCUGCCGUCGUCGCUCACGGAGAAGACCAAGCUUGACCACUCUGAAGGCUAGACUUUCUUCUCCUCCCCCCUCUUGGCUAUCGGUGAUUCCUAGGCUGGGGCAUAUUGGAUAAACUGGGUCGGAGCGGACUUUAUGAACCAGGAUGAUAUGAAUCUAUGAAGUAUACGUUUUUUGGGAAUAAACUUUUUUGCGUAGGUAGAAACGCAGAAUAGCAUUACGUUUUGUUGGAUAAGCACGAGUGAGCAUAUAUGGUGAUCGUAUAGAGACAUGUUGUAAAAUGUAUUGUGUUGAUCUGUCUUGUUUAAAUAGAGGCCUAGACGGAAAAGACUAUCACAUGUCAUGUCAAAUUUGCUGCCUGGUUGAGCAAACACGACGCUGGCUUAUGCGGGAUAUUGUAGCCUAGAGAUUCUUUAGUCAAUGUCGUAAGUUAUUAUUAGGUCUUGGAAUUUCUACUAGUAACUUAUGUUGUUUAUUCUAGUAUUCCUGGCUUAUUUUACUCGUUAGAGCGGCCAAAAAGUCACAUAGCCUGUGUUCUGCGGAUUCACCACUUUCGGCGCACAUGAGGCUAUUCAGACGUUCUUGAGGCCUAUAAUAUUCCACAGACUCGCCCCACUGAUAUUUCCUUUUCGGAUUGUAUAAUAGGCUCGUCCGUAAUAGAAAUUGAUUUUAUUGCUGUAAAUUAUGUAAUUACUACAUCGUACGAAUUUGUAUAAAAGGUAGUAUCAGAUUGUUUAAGACCUUGGGGUAGAACUUGAGAUGAACUUGAGAUCAAAAGAAACCCCG